CUUCGCUCCUCAUACCUCACCCUGACCUCCUCACCCUAGGUCUUCGGCUCAUACGACAUCGUAUGCCUAGAUCCUUACAGUGAGCUAGGCGCCCACUAACCUCCCAACAUCCCUAUCUCUCCUCCGUCCGUCCGUGGACGCGUAACGCCCACCUACAUCCUCCUACUGUAAGUUGACCUUUACGAGGACCUCCCCCCCUUCUCCGUCCCCUCGGCGUCCUUCUCUAACUCCCCCAAUCUCGUCGCCCUAUCUACCGAGGAAAGGGCGGAGCCAGGCCUAGUUUUCUAGCUUCCACCUUCCAGCUCCCUUCCGACUUCAGGACCUCUGGAUCCCGGCUGAAGACGACAUCACCCUAUCCCUCUCCUGAAAUCGACUUCCCGCCUUCUUCGAGGGCUAGAACGAACGCGACCCUGUCCCCCCUGGCGUCCACGAACCAGUGUCGGUAGACGCACUGAGGGUAGGUUACCCUGUUGCCUAGAGGAGGCUGAUUCCUUGGGCUUGCGUUGGUCGCUGCUGCUUCCGAGAUUCAAUGGCCCCUUGAAUUGGACCGCGCCGUUAUGAGUCACUCUUCUCACGUCCCGCCCAAAGGCUUGCCUCCUGAGUGUCUCACUACAUUCCUGCCGAUCCCGAGUGACGAAGGCUGGGGGAUUAGACAGUGUCUUGCCGGUUAUCUAGCGAAACUUGACGUCAACCAUGGGUAUACGUGCUGAAGUCUGUCGGCGCUACGCAAAUCCUUCAAGGUCCGGCGGGACCCGGUGUUUUAACGGUUGGUCCUCCUGACCACCAGACGGCCCUAGCUUCUCAACGGCGCUCUCUCGACUCACGCACUAAUCCUGGGAUUUCGCGUGACUCGAGGACUGGGACGUCUACGCGUCGAGGUCUAUGGAUCUCCGCCGCAGGGGCUCAAUACGACGUUAUGGUGUCUAGGGUUCCUUGACCAACUUCGAAUAUGGUGAAAUCUCCGGCACUACUCACCUCGAGUGAAGUCGGUCGGAGCUGAGCUGCAGCUGUACUACGUCCUAGCAUCCAAUCCGUUGCCUCAGGUCAGAUGAAAGUUGGAGAGUACGGAGCCUGGCGGCUUCCAAGGGGGUCUCGAAAGACCCUAUGGGUCGAGACCCAACCCUACCUCAAUACCCAGCCUCAAGGCAAGUUGAGGAACCGGCACCGGCACACAUCAGGUAGGCAGGGUACCUCAAGAGGUAAUUCAAUCGGCCAAAUCGAGUCCCGGAUGAUCCUUUGACGGAAAAUUGGGUCGUUCCACCUCAAGUCAGACUCUCACUUACAGAAUGGGGGAGUGUGUCAGGUUGGGGCAGUCGAUGCUUGCUUCCAGCGACACGUUCCAGCCCAGUCUCUCCUCCGGAUACCUAAAGGCCGUCCUCCGAGAAGGCUCCUAAGUGGGUGCGCGUCGAUACGGACAGAUCCUCUCUGUAAGGGUUUCCUUUCACGUCGGGCCCCGUCCUGCCCCUUACCGGCUUCGAAAUUGACCGAGCCAUGUGCUGUUGUUCUCACACCAACCCAGUCAGAAUGGGGCCAGCUAACCGUGCCCGAGCAGAGACCAGUCAACGGAGUCAAGGCAGACUCGGAGCACCCCGUGUCCCGUCCAUGAGCCAAGUUUGAGGACAGGGGAAGAAGUGGUGCUCGGUAGUCCGGAACACUACUGUGGCCGUCAUGACACCAUCUACGGAGACGAUCUUUCCACCAGAUUCUAUUCGACAACAUCAAAUCUGCCUCGCGGUUUGGAACAACGGACGAAUCCAGGGCCUAGGGUUAACAGAUCAGGUAACACUACUCCCACGACGGGUAAUCCACUGGUGCGACUAGGUUGGAGGUGAUGACCUCUCUGAAAGCGGCAUACUUCUUCCUCGACAAGGGGUAUGACCUACCCGUGCGGGAAUAUGUCGAAUUUGGGGAUCGGAUUGUCGACACGCGCGAACCACUCCGCCGCCGUCGUCCAGGGGGCAGGCUCAGGGGCCAAAUGAGGGGGAAUGUUGGACUAGAGCAGGCGGAUGUUGGCCCGAUGUGGAAUACUACGUCCCCUAUUUCAGGCAGGCAGAGAUGCUCACGAGCGGAGCGGCGCAGCUUUUGUGUGCCGGCCAUAAAAGGGCACUACUACUCCCCCUUCUCAGACGCGAGAAUCACUGCGCAGGUUACUCAUCCUCCAUUGCAAUGAAUUCGACUUUCAAAGUGACACCGGCGGUUACGCCAUUCGACAUCAUCCAAUACAGAGGCCCUCCAUGCCCAAAACCAAGGCGAACCCAUACUUCGCGGCAACAGGGAACGCUCCCUGAGAAAUACUCUCUCCCAGACCUCGCACCUAACAGUUGCUUCGACGAAUUCGACCAUCCACAAAAUCAACGCGCGACUCCGGAGCUGGCCGACGCUACUUCUCUCGACAGCGCGGGGGAAGUAUCUUUGCCGUCGACACCAGAUAACGCCUUGGCAGACUUGGAUUUUACUGCAGAAAGGCCUGACUAUGAAGUGAUUCCCGAUGAGAGUGCCCUAAGCGAAGUCGAAAUUGAAGAGUCUCAACCAUCCGCCUUAGGGUACACAGCCCAUACCGACAAGAUGGUUCUCCAACAGUGGAUCCCGUCACGGUCGGCUUCAAGUCCUAUGGCAAAGAGCGAUCUAGGAGUGGAUAAUACGAACCCCAGCAACGCCGGUGAUAUACGUGAGGAGAAUGCCUCAACCGGUAGCGCCCAAUCAGAUGACGACAAGCGUCCUCAAGGCCGAGUCGGCCAGCAGCUACGGAGCGAGGAGCCAGGGUCAAUAUACGACGAUAUAUUCCCGACCGAUCCUAUUCCCGGAAAUACAGCGGAUAAUGCCUAUUCUCAAAAGAGUCACUCUGAGCUGAGACGGGACGCGCUUCCGUCAGCAGUAUCGAGACCUCGAGUAGUGCCACCAACUAGCCCCAGCCGACUCGGGCAACCCCGCCCACAAGUGGAUCUACCUAUGGCUUCCACAACUAUAAAACCACCUCAGUGUACGGUGGGGGUAAGAGGUCGACCACUUGGUCAUCAGGUUGAUCAUCCACCUCUGCGAACGAAACGUAGCGGCUCAACAAUGGUUGGCGGACUCCCCAAACGCAAUCAACCGUUCAGAUCGACGAAUCAAGCAAAGGCCUCACCUGACGAUUGGCCAAGCGACAGUGACUCCGACGCCAGCUACGAUGGCGACGCUAAGGCAGCCUCGGCUAGGGCCGUAAAGCAGAGGCAAAGGCAACGAGCACGGCGGUUAUCAGGGACGUCGAAAGCUAUCGGUAAUCCGAAGCGGAAGUUACGAAAUGGCGGUCGUACGAGCUCCGCCGGCACUCACUCACAAUCAACGAUGCCGGUGCUCUUCCGGGAUGCAGAGGACAACCAGAAAGUCAAUGCUACUGUGGGUAUCCUCCGCAACGAUGGUAUAGAGGCGGCCUACGAUUCACCGAUGCUACUGAAUUCCAACAUUACACCGGUGAUGUCGACCGAAGCAGCGGUUCUGACAGUCCUUCUCGCCGAUAUAACUGAGAUCGGGGCGCUACUGAAAUCCCCGCUGGCCUGGGGGAUCACAGGAGAUCUCUUCUCCAUGACCAAGCUUGUUAACGCCACUAUCAAACCUCACACGCCACAACAAUGGCAAGUAACUGCCACGUUCUCCCGGACUCUGGGUCCUACACAGGUGACUACAGACCCCGGCUUCGAUACCGAGGCCUUCACUUCAAGCGCCGACAGCGACGACUCCUCGAGCAGUAUAAACAGUAUUCACCAUUACUCUUCCGAUGACGAACCUAGGGUUCGAACACGCGGAAUCAAGCGUGGAGGUUGGCAGGAGACGGACGACAAAAACUUGAUUAAGUGGAGACGCGAUGGCAAGCCGUGGCCCUGGAUCUACAGAAAAUUUCCAGAUCGAACAAAGGCAGCAAUCAAGUCCCGCUGGUACGUGGUCCAGACCCGCGAUACAAAUCAAAAAGAUAGCGACCGACGAUCUAAGAGUGCGAAGCGGGCGGGCGAUAGUCGUACAGCCAUAGGAGGUCGACGAGGCUAGGGUCGGUAAGCAUUUUGCAGACCGGCGCCAAUACGUUCAGCAGACAAGUUUGACCUGUAAACAGGAAAAAUGAAUGGUUUCAGAAGCAAGACAAAUGUUAUAUAUUAGGGUAUCGUAGCUGCGAUUGAAGGUACUGUAAUAGUACGAGAGCUGAGAGUAUCAUAUGAGGCGCGGUGAACUUUUUAGGUUAUCU